AUGCUUAGUCCAGCAUCUUUCUGGAACAUGUCACCCGAGAUGGGAGACACCACUCUCCCUUCAGAUACAUCAACAAACUCUUCACAGUCAAUUGGUUCCGGGUCAGAAUCUGAUCAAUCUCUCUACUACCCAGAAAUCUCGUCGCUAUCUCCGGUACGUAAUUUUCAGCCAUUUUCUGUUGGUGUCCCUGCGACAGAAAGACUUCGCGUGGCUGUUCAUGACGGAUAUGAAUAUACACCAACCUACAACACACACCCAGAGGCCAUGGCCAGCCAGGCCGCAAUCUUGGAGUAUGAUAAUCCUCGCAAGCAUCCCUUGUCACCCGUGGAGGAACACAUUAACAUCUGCAAGCGUGAGUCGUCCGAACUCGACCACAUCGACAGCUCGCUUGGCCAGACACGGUCUUCGCACAAAAGGCUUUUCGGGAGAAACGGUUGGCUCGGGGGAACAGCAGACUUAGGAAACCUGUCGAGUGAGAAACACAGAUCAAAGAGCCUCAAAGAUCUGCGAAAAAAGAUAGUGGAUGGAUUUACAGAAGGCAUGGCGAAGGCUUCCCUUACAAUCAUUCAUGAACCCCGCGGCAUGAAAGAUGACCUACCACAACCGAGUAUUCCUAUCUCACUGAAUCCUUCAAUACAAGCGACGCUGUAUUCAGAACUGGAGGUCACGAUUUGUGUCAAUGCAAAUGCAUUUCUCGUCGAACAAUAUCAUGAAGGUCGGCUUCCAGGAGAAUCGGUUAGAAGAAUCAAUGACUACUGGGGAUCCAAGAACAGGCCAUCAGUCGUCGAGUUCCAAUUUGAUCAAGCCACUCAACAUCGCUUAAUCUCGGAAAACAAAAGGUUCUUGAGAUUCCAUGGAGAGAGUUCGACGAAUCCCGUUCUUCUCAACUCCAACCUCCGUAACUGGAAAGCAAUUGUUAAGGAAAUGAGCAUUCGCACUUUUUGUACCCCUGACAGUGUGAUCCGCAAGCAUAUGCACGAUGUGUAUAAGCUCCUCGACAUGCUGGGAGCUCCCAUUGCUGCUUUAGUUGUCUGUCAGAAACUCCACAUGCGAGUACUGUCCUUAAUGGUGAAGAAAUGUGAUAUGCCGACCGACAGUGGUAGCAACCCAGUUUCCGGUCAAAGCAUUGGCCCCACGCAAAGAUUAUUGCUUAGUUCUGUACCUGUUUUUCUUCCUUUUGUUGACCUUGCAGCUUGUUUUCAGCUUUGUUCUUCUUGA